AUGUUAGCUUCUCCGACGCUGCGUGUGGCCGCGUCGCUCGUAGCCAAUGCACCUCCGAUGCGUGUCGCCAUUGUGGGCUCAGGACCUUCAGGCUUUUAUGCUGCUGCGCGUCUACUCCAAAGCUUCGACGCUAAGCAUGGAACGGGUACAGAUGGCACAGAAAUUCAUAUGUAUGAACGAUUGCCUACUCCAUUCGGCCUCGUUCGGUAUGGCGUUGCGCCAGAUCAUCCAGAAGUCCGCAAUGUUGAGAGCAAAUUCGAUCAGGUCGCUCGAGACCCACGUUUCUCUUUCUUUGGUAAUGUCCGCGUCACUGCAGAUGAUGCACCGCCCCCCCAAUCAGCAUCUACGGCCCAAAUCUCGCUUUCAUCCUUGGCUCCCUUCUACACACACGUUCUAUUCGCCUACGGAGCGUCAGAUGCUCGUCACUUGCACGUGCCAGGCAGUAGUCCUGGUGAGCUUGAACAUGUACAUACAGCGCUCGACUUUGUUCAGUGGUACAAUGGACAUCCUGACGCACACUUGCCAGAUGCCCCAUUCUCUAAAAUGUCUGGCUCUGAUAUAAGGCACGUCUCUGUCAUCGGUGCUGGAAAUGUCGCUAUUGAUGUAGCGCGAAUCCUUCUUCGUCAGUGUAAAUCGACUCCUCUUGAUGCUUCACUGCAACGUACAGAUGCACCAGAGUCUGUUCUUGAGCAGUUGCGGUCGUGGGACGUGGAAACUGUACAUCUCUAUGCGCGUCGCAGCGCUGCUCAGCUUGCUUUCACCAACAAGGAGCUGCGUGAGAUGCUCAACUUGCCUCAUGUUGCAUUCGAGCCCAUGAACCAUGAGACUUUGGACGAAGCCCUAGCUGAUGUAUCUCGCAGCUCCCAUACCGCCUACAAGCGUGCGAUGACGCGCCUUCUCAAGCAGUUACAGAAAGGAAGCGUGUUGCCUUUUGAUGCACGUCACAAGCCACAAUGGGGCAUUAAGCUUAUGCACUCUCCGAAAGAAUUUACUGGCUCCCAUGGCUCUAAGCGCGUGACCCACGCCACUUGGGAUCUGACAGAGGUUCGUGAUGGUCGUGCUGUGUCUACUGGCCGGACGGAAACAACGUCAACAGACUUGGUGCUAGCCAGUGUUGGCUACCGCUCACAGCCUUUGGCAGGUUCUCAUGGCUCGUUCUCUGUGCCAUUUGAUUCAAAACAACAUAUUAUUCCAAAUGAGCGUCGUCGCGUCGUGCGCGAGGAUGGCUCGCGCAUCCCCGGCAUGUAUGUGUCUGGCUGGCUUGCUACAGGUCCAGUGGGCGUGAUUGUAUCGACCAUGUUGGAUGCAUUUGGUGUUGCGGACGACAUGCUGGCCGAUUGGCGCCAACCUGACUCUCUCAAGCAUACGCUGUGUGCAUCUGUGGGCGUGAAUGAAGCUCAGCUCAGCGUGCCGACCGCUUUGCACAAACAGGGAAAACGUAUCGUCUCGUACAGCGACUGGCUGAGGAUCGAUGCUGCCGAACGGGAGCGUGGACUGGCUCUGGGAAAGCCACGUGAAAAGUUCCUGCGUGUGGACGAGAUGCUGAAGGUCCUGUAA